GUCUCUGCAGUGCUGCCGGCAGUCAUGUUCAGGUAGAGAACGACCGGCUAAACGGCGGCCACCAUGCGGAAACAUCUGGAAAGGAUCCGUUUCCGGGGCCAGAGACGGGAUGAGUUCCCGGAUCUGGCCGAUUCUCCCAACACCUCCGACACAGAGAGCAACGAGGAGGUCGGGAGCAGACCUCGAGUCUCCGCCAGAGAUUCAGAGGAGCUGAGGGAGGCGGAGGGGGAGCAGAGUGACGCUCAGGCUAGUCAUGCAUCGUUCUCUGCCGCUCUCCACGACGACUCCAGGACGGAUCUCAACGAGGUCAAAGGUCACCUGGAAAUCGCCUUGUUAGAGAAACACUUCUUAGAGGAGGAGCUGAAGAAACUGAGAGAGGAGUCCAACGUGGAUUCACUGCGGCACGAGCUGGAGAGAGAGCGCAGCCGCUGCAGCGAGCUGGAGCAGAAGAUCAACGACGUGCUGAAACCCAGACUUGAAGACUCACCUUCACAAACGCCUAAAGCCCCGCUCCCUUCUACAUCUGCAGCCAGCGGUACAGACAAACAGAAGGACACUUGGUCCAGCAGCUUCCGGAAGUGUCUCUACGAUAGAUUUGGCGUUUACAUCGAGGACUUCCGCUUCCAGCAGGAGGAGCAGACGGUGGAGACGGACGAGCCGCUGAGCGCCAAGAGGUUGACUGAAAACAUGAGAAGACUCAAGCGAGGGUUGAAACCAUUGUCCAACUUCAAGAGGAACCUGACGGCGCUGUCCAGCUGGUACUCCGUCUACACCUCGGCCAUCGCCUUUAUUACUGCUCUCAGAGGCUGGAGGAUCCAGUGGAGCAUCGUACCUGAAGUCUCCGAGCCCGUGGAGCCUCCCAAAGAAGACCUGACGGUGUCGGAGAAGUUCACGCUGGUUCUGGACGUGGCUCAGAAAGCUCAGAACCUCUUUGGCAGGAUGGCGAACAGACUGGAGAAAAUCAAGAAUUUGUUCAUUUGGGUUCAGCCUGAGUUGACUCAGAAGCUGUACGUUGGUCUGUGGCUGGCCUUCAUCUCCUCCUGCCUGCUGCCGUUCAAACUGCUGGGAUUCUUCAUAGGUGUGUACGCAGGUAUAAAGUUCUUCAUCAUCGACUUCCUCUUCAAGAGCUGUCCGAAGCUGAGGCAGCGCUUCGACACGCCGUUCAUCAUCUGGACCCACCUGCCCACCGACCUGCAGCUGAAGGAGCGCGGCGGCUCCACGCUCACCAGGAGGGUCACGUUAUCCAGCGGGCGGGGCAGCGUCGGCCCGGCGGCUCCUCUCGGUGCGAGCCGGGAUGAAGACGGAGGGCGAUACAGCAGCACCAAGAGAGGAGCUUUCCACGAGGUGUUCAACCUGCAGGAGAGCGAGCGCCCCCUGACAGUGUGUGAGAGCGGCUGGCGCUGCUGCCUCAUCAACAGAGACAGGAAGUCGCCCACUGACUACAUCCGCAACGGAUACCUCUACGUCACCGAGAAUCAUCUGUGUUUUGAGAGCUCCAGCUCCAGAUCUGGAUCCUCCAAGAGGAACAAAGUCAUCAAACUGGCCGACAUCACCGACAUCCAGAAGUACAAAGUGUUGUCCGUGCUGCCGGGGUCAGGGAGCGGCAUCUCCAUCGCAACGCCGUCCACAACAAAGCCGAUGGUGUUCGGCGCGAUGAUCCACAGAGACGAGGCCUUCGACGCCAUCUUUAACCAGCACACGAAAAUCGUUUCCGCGGCAACAGCCAUCGAACCGGAGACGUAGUAACACCUUCACCAGGCUGCCACACACACACACACACACACACACACACACACACACACACACACACACACACACACACACACACACACACACACACA